AUGGUUGUGAUUAGCAAAUUCACACUGACCCUCGCCGGUCUGGCCGCGUUGGCCGCUGCGGCGCCAGCAAACAAGCCAAGCAGCAAAUUCUCGGUCAACCAGGUCGCUCGUCAAGCUACUAAGACUACAAACUUUGCCGCAGCCUACGGCCGUGCCCUGUCCAAAUAUGGCGCUGCUGUGCCAUCGCAUGUUCAGGCUGCUGCGGCCGCCAGUGGUGUUGCUACUACCACCCCCGAGGCCAACGAUGAGGAAUACCUCACCCCCGUUUCAAUCGGCGGAACAACCUUGAACUUGGACUUUGAUACUGGCUCCGCUGAUCUUUGGGUUUUCUCCACAGAGCUUCCCUCCUCGGAGCAAUCAGGACACUCUGUCUACAAUCCCAGUAAAAGCGGCACCUUGCUUUCCGGGUAUAGCUGGAGCAUCAGCUAUGGUGAUGGAAGCAGCGCCAGCGGCAACGUCUACACCGACACCGUCACCGUCGGAGGCGUGACAGCGAGCAAGCAAGCCGUUGAAGCCGCAAAGAAGAUCAGCUCCGAGUUCCAGCAGGAUACCAACAACGAUGGGCUGUUGGGCCUGGCAUUUAGCAGCAUCAAUACCGUCGAGCCCCGAGCGCAGACCACUUUCUUCGACUCGGUCAAGAGCUCGCUCGACCAGCCGCUCUUCGCCGUGGCCCUAAAGCACGGCGAGCCUGGCGUGUAUGACUUCGGCUUCACCGACUCGUCCAAGUACACCGGUGAGAUCACAUAUACCAGCGUCGACGACUCGCAAGGCUUCUGGAGCUUCGACGUGGAUGGGUACAGCGCGGGCACUGCGUCCGGCGGUGGCUUCUCCGGCAUUGCGGACACCGGCACCACUCUUCUGCUUCUGGAUGACUCCAUCGUGUCUGCUUACUACGACCAGGUCAGCGGAGCGAAAGAGGACAGCAACGCCGGCGGCUACGUAUUUGACUGUUCGACCGACCUUCCCGACUUCAGCGUCACCAUUGGCAGCUACACUGCGACUGUCCCGGGUUCCCUGAUGAACUACGGCGACUCAGGCGAUGGAUCGUGCCUGGGUGGCCUGCAGUCUAACUCUGGCAUCGGCUUCUCCAUCUUCGGCGAUAUCUUCCUGAAGAGCCAGUAUGUUGUAUUUGAUGCUAGUGGCCCUCAGCUUGGCUUUGCCGCUCAGGCCUAA